AUGGUUGAUGUCAACUCUACGUUCGGCUUUGAAGUUUUUCAGUCGUUAUACGACAGCCAGGUAUCGAAAAAAGAGGAUGUCCUAAUUUUAUUCGUUCAUUGGUAUUUUAUAAAAAAUUCGUUCAGGUGUAUCGGCUUAGGCGAUUCAAAUUUGUAUUUAUUUUCGUAUGACAAAUCCCGUAAACUGUACAAAGAAUCUUAUUAUGCUUUACGUUACGUAAAGGAUAAAAAGUUAUAUAUACUGCAUGGCAUAAAGUCUGAUGAAGAUUUACUUCUAAAUCUAUUGAGAACCGGAGACCAAAGAGUAUCCAAUAUUCAAUUUGAAAUUAAUCAAACUGUAACAGAUCUUCGUGGACCAUUGGAAUCUCUAAUACCUUCAUACCAAACUGUUAUACAAGUUAUUCAAACCGAUCUGCUGAAUCCAAUAAUGUCUGAUAAUGCUGCAAAUACAACAGCUAAUACUUCUACUCAAACAUCAACAGAGAGCAGAGAUAGUAAUAUAGUGAUUCCAUUAAGGCAAGGACUGCCAAUACGAGCACGACCAGGCGCUCCGCAUGCAGGAAAUAUAGGUGAAAGAGACCUAAAUCCUCUAGCUCGUGAAGGCGGUGGUAUGAUCUUCGAUCCAUUUCCUUUACGCGACGGUUUAGCGGGCAGACCAGGCUUAGGAGUUCCAGGAAGGCUACCACCGGGCGCGGUUCCACCUUACGCUAGAUUUGAUCCCUUUGGACCUCCACGUUUUCGCGAUCCAGAUGCUGAGUAUUUACGAAGGGAAGGAGAAAGAUAUUUCUCUUCUAAGAAGUUAAACAAAUAAGAAGCAAUGUUGUG